CGUACGUCCAAUUUCCUUCCAUGGCUGUUUAACGAAGACGACUUAGAAACACGGAAAAAUUAGAAAGAGAAAGAGGAAGGAAGGAAGGAAGAAAGAGAAAGAGAAGUGGAACUUGGUCGUCGUCAGGGGCACACGUCUGAAUCUCAAAUCCAUCUUCAAACCCUCUCAAAUUCGUCUCGUUAUUCACAUUCUGUUAUUGCGAGGGAACAACAAUGUCGCUCAACAUGAAAACCCUAACCCAAGCAUUUGCGAAGACCGCCGCGGUGAUUGAGAAGACUGUCCAGACGACGGUGCAGGAGGUGACAGGCCCGAAGCCACUUCACGACUACGAGAUCCUCGAUCAGAUCGGGUCAGCAGGGCCCGGCCUCGCCUGGAGGCUGUACUCGGGCCGGGCCCGUGAUCCGUCGCGGCAGCACCAGUAUCCUGUUGUGUGUGUGUGGGUAUUGGACAAGCGGGCCCUCUCGGAGGCGCGAAUGCGUGCCGGGCUCACCAAAGCCGCGGAGGAUUCGUUUUUGGAUUUGAUUCGAACGGAUGCGAGUAAGCUCGUGCGGCUGAGACACCCUGGCGUGGUUCAUGUGGUGCAGGCGUUGGAUGAGAGCAAGAAUGCAAUGGCUAUGGUUACCGAACCCUUGUUUGCUUCCGUUGCUAAUACUCUUGGCAAUCUUGAUAAUGUUCCUAAUGUUCCUAAAGACCUUAGGGGAAUGGAAAUGGGACUGUUGGAGGUGAAGCAUGGUUUACUUCAGAUGGCAGAAUCGCUGGACUUUCUUCACAACCAUGCUCAUCUUAUUCAUCGAGCUAUAUCACCUGAGAAUAUUCUUAUCACUUUGAGUGGAGCCUGGAAACUUGCUGGAUUUGGUUUUGCUAUUUCUGCUUCUCAGAUCUCUGGUGACUCAUCUAACGUUCAAGCUUUCCAUUAUGCUGAAUAUGAUGUUGAGGACUCUGUUUUGCCGCUUCAGCCAUCACUUAAUUACACUGCUCCUGAGCUGGUGAGGAGCUCUAUGUCUUCAGCUGGGUGCUCUUCUGAUAUUUUCAGUUUUGGAUGCCUUGCCCACCAUUUAAUUGCUCGCAAGCCUUUGUUUGACUGCCACAACAAUUUGAAGAUGUACACAAAUACCUUGACUUACUUAUCCAGUGAUGCUUUCUCAUCGAUCCCAUCGGAACUGGUUCCUGACUUGCAAAGGAUGCUCUCUCCAAAUGAGUCUUCCAGGCCAACAGCGAUGGAUUUUACAGGCUCACCAUUUUUUCGGAAUGACACUAGGUUGCGUGCUUUGCGCUUUCUUGAUCACAUGCUUGAAAGAGAUAACAUGCAGAAGUCAGACUUCUUAAAAGCAUUGUCAGAUAUGUGGAAAGAUUUUGAUUCCCGUGUAUUACGAUACAAGGUCCUUCCCCCACUUUGUGCAGAACUUAGAAAUGUGGUGAUACAACCAAUUAUUCUACCAAUGGUUCUAACCAUUGCGGAGUCUCAGGACAAGAAUGAUUUUGAGCAAUCAACACUGCCAGCCCUUGUCCCUGUCUUGAGUACUGCUGCUGGUGAGACACUGUUACUACUUGUGAAGCACGCUGAGCUUAUAAUAAACAAGACUAGUCAACAGCAUUUAGUUUCACAUGUUCUUCCAAUGAUUGUUCGGGCCUAUGAUGAUAAUGAUUCUCGUUUGCAAGAAGAGGUCCUUAAAAAAUCUGUUUCCCUUGCGAAGCAACUUGAUGCCCAGCUGGUGAAACAAGUGAUUUUACCCCGUGUUCAUGGAUUAGCACUUAAAACAACAAUUGCUGCGGUUAGAGUGAAUGCUUUGUUGUGCCUAGGAGAAAUGGUUAGCCGACUUGAUAAACAUGCUGUCCUGGACAUCUUGCAAACUAUUCAGCGCUGUACUGCUGUUGACCGUUCUCCUCCAACACUUAUGUGUACCCUUGGGGUUGCAAAUUCUAUUUUUAAGCAGUAUGGAGUAGAAUUUGUUGCUGAGCAUGUUCUUCCAUUGCUUAUGCCCCUCCUGACUGCUCAACAACUGAACGUUCAGCAGUUUGCCAAAUAUAUGCUCUUUGUCAAGGAUAUGCUCCGGAAGAUAGAAGAGAAGCGUGGUGUGGCUGUGACUGAUUCUGGAAUCCCAGAGGUAAAACUAUCUCCUGCGGUUAAUGGUCUUCGAACUGAAGCCCUGAGGACAAGCAGCAACAUGGUUUCUACUUCAAACAAAAGCAGCUCCACUUGGGAUGAAGAUUGGGUUCCCCAAACAAAGGGAACUGCCUCUUCUGUCCAGAAUUCUAUUGAUACAUCCAGUCAAUCUGUGGCAGGCAAUCCUGUGGGGCAAGUAACAUCUUUACAAAAGCAUUUACCUUUAUCUGCUGCAUCUAAUCAGCAGACAACCAUGUCAUGUCCCUCAGUAGAUGUAGAGUGGCCACCUCGAGCACCUUUUGGUGUUACCCCACAAUUUGGUGAUACUGAAAGGCCUACAAUAGCAGCAGAAACGUCAUCCACAUCCAAUCUUGAAGAUGAUGAUCCUUUUGCUGAUUGGCCUCCACGUCCUAGUGGCUCAUUAUCUAGUGGAUCUGGAAUUUCCAACAAUGGUACUUUAGGAAUGCCCUUAAACAAAGUUGGGUUUAAUUCAAUGGCAAGCACUUCAAGCAAUAUGGGUCUCCAAACAAGCAACAAUUGGUCUGUUAGUUCCCAAAGUUCUGCAGAGUCCGUCAGUUUGAACUUCAGGAAUGCUAGUUCAACCAUCGGUAGUCUGAAUAGUGGCCUUGAACCUCAGAAUUCUCUUGGGUUCCUAAAACAAAAUAAUGAGUUUCCAGCAUCGAACGUUUCGUAUAAUAAUAACAUCAAGUCCACAGAUCUUGGAUCAAUAUUUUCUUCCAACAAGAAUGAACAGAUUGCACCAAAACUCGCACCGCCCCCUUCAACCACAGUAGGUAGAGGACGAGGAAGAGGGAGGGGAGCUGCUUCAACCACUCGGUCCUCUCAUCCCAAGUCACGUGCUGAGCAGCCACCUCUUUUGGAUUUGUUGGGGUAGCUUGCUUCUAUUAUUGUUCUUGUAUCAGAGUGAUGGAUUACUGCUGAGGUUGUAUAUUUUUCCAACAUCCUAUGUUGGAUGCUUGGAGACAUUUGUUGUGAAGGGAGAGCUUGCAGAAAAUCUUGCCAUGCAACAUCUGUUGCAACGGACGGCUACACUAUGUAAAGGUUUUGUUGUAUGUUGCUUAGUCUUUGUUGUAUGUUGCUUAGUCUAUAGUGAUCUUGCAAAAAUUUGGAUUUAAUAUUUUUUAUUUUUUUGUUCUUGCUAUAUAUCAUACUUCAUUCUUAGGGCAUCAGGCAAAGUGUAUUCAGAAAAGUCCUGGUUACUGUGAC